AAUAGAGAGAUAUCAAUAUAGAGAUAGAGAUAGAGAGAGAAAGGCUUUGUUGUAGGUUUCUGUUACAAACAUUUCCCAUUUUUCAAUUCUUCUCACAUAUUCAUAUAACUUCUCUUAAAUUAAAUUAAAUUAAAUCAAAUCCCCCCUUUAAUUUAUUUUUCCUACCCCCUUAUAUUUCUCUUUGCCCAAAACUUGUCACCAAUCAUUCCUUUCAUUUCUUUCUGAAUCCUGAUUUUCAAAUCUCUUUCUCUCUCUAGAAAAUUUUGCAACAAAUUCAAGAAAUUUUUACAAUUUCUUUGUUAACAGUUUUUUUUUUUCCGACAAAAUUUGUUUGUCAGAAAAACAAAUGUAGGCAUGGCCAACAAGUGUAGUAGUUGUUGUUACUAUUAACCAAAACCACACUCCAAUUCCUUCAUCAACAACUAUUAGAAUCCCCUUAAAAAAAAAAAAUACUUCCUCCGUUACAGAUUAGUUUACUCAGUUCGUAAAUGGGUAUGAGCGCAUUCCCAGAUUUAACCUCGCUCUCGCUUAGGAAACCCAGCUCGUUCGGGGCAAUGCCGGCUGCUUCGGAACAGCCGACCGCCUCGAAGAGCAGGGGUUUCCCCUUUCUGGGUAGUUUUAUGAUCCCAAGAUCAGACCACACUCAAAUUAAUGAAGAGCAAGAAGUAAUUGAGGGUAAAGUGUGUGAUUUUGGAGAUGGGUUUGUUGAAAAACAUGGGAUUUCUAGCAUGGAUCUCAAUGCAAAUUUUAAUAAUAAAGAUGAAAACUUUUAUGAAAAUAAUAACUUUAAUAAUGAAAUUAAUAGUAUUAAUAAAGUGGGUUGUUCUAAAGAAAGUAGUAAGGUUUGUGCAAGAGGACAUUGGAGACCUGCUGAAGAUAGUAAGCUCAAGGAACUUGUUGCUAUUUAUGGCCCUCAAAAUUGGAACCUCAUUGCUGAAAAAUUAGAAGGAAGAUCAGGUAAAAGUUGCAGGUUAAGGUGGUUCAACCAAUUAGACCCAAGAAUAAACAGAAGGGCAUUUACAGAAGAAGAAGAAGAGAGACUAAUGCAAGCACAUAGAGUGUACGGUAACAAAUGGGCAAUGAUAGCAAGACUUUUUCCAGGAAGAACUGAUAAUGCUGUUAAAAAUCAUUGGCACGUUAUUAUGGCUCGAAAGUAUAGGGAACAAUCUAGUGCUUAUCGUCGGAGAAGAAAUCUUAUUGUUCAUCCACAACAACAACCACUACCGUCUUCGUCGUCGAGUUUUCCUAACAGUUAUCAUCUUAAUCACAUGAGGUCGUCUUCGUCGUCGUCGUCUAUGGAGGAAGAUGAACAAAUUCCUAGUGCUUACAAUGGUGGAGUUAAUAAUUUGAUCAACAAUAAUCAAUCUUCUUCUUUUCCAAGUAAUGGUAAUGGGUUUUGUGGGCAGCAGUCUCCUUUCGAUUAUUUCUCAGGUCCAAAUAAUAAUAACCAAAACAUGGUGAGCAUGUUCAGUCAAAGCAGCUGUUUGGAUAGGCCAAUACAAAUGCAAUUACAACAACAGCAGUCUUACUAUUGUUACUACUACAACAACAACAAUAAUAUCAAUAAUAAUUCUCCUCUAAUUUCACUUCCCCAAACAGACCCUUAUUCUCUCUCCUCACAAUCUUCAAUUGGAGCAGCUGGAGGCAGAUCAGAUGAUAAUCCUACUUCUUCUUCACCACCUUUCAUAGAUUUCCUUGGUGUUGGUGCUACUUAAUGAAAUUAAUUAUUAGAAGAUUUUAAUUUUAUUUCAUUUUUUUAAUCUUAACUUUUAAUUUAAUUAUUAUUGUCCCUAAGAAAAUGGAAGUAAAAAUUGUAGAAAUUAGAUAGUGUUAAUUAAGAGAUUGGAUAUGAUAUGAUCGUCUUUAAGUCUAUCUAUUCAAAAGCUUCUGAUAAAAUUGGAACGAUGCAGAAAAAAUAUGAUGGAUCGAUUAUGUGGUAUGGUGUUUUUUUUAGAUUAACUUAGAAAUUACUAUUAAUGGUAAAAAAAAAAGUAGGAGGUGUUUUCCUUGUAUCAGUUAAAAAAUAUGACAGUUUAAUCAUAUCAUAUCAUAAAUCAUCAUGACAUUAUUUAUAAGUUUAAUUUUUAUUAUAUGGGUGAGGCCACUUGUGCUAGCUUGAAGAUUUGAAGUUAAGUUGGAAAAUGAAAACCAUCGUUGUCGAUGUUUUCUUGCAAUACGUUAUGGAUGGAUAGAAGGUCUUAAAUUUGCAGGAGAACCAACGGUCCAAAUAUGGUUUUCUGUUAAGUUAUAAUCAUCAUCUUGUGUUGGAAAAGUAACAACUGAUCUCAGAUGUGAUAGCUUUAUUUACUAGGAUUAUGUGUUUAUUUUUAUUAUAAAGUUUUUUUUUUUUUUUUUUUUUUUUUUUUUUUUUUUUUUUUUUUUUUGGAUCACGCUCAUAAGGGUCACAUAUAUUUAAUAUCAAGGGACAUCUCUCUUGAAAGUCAUAUAAAGAAAUAUUAACCCCGUAAAUAACAUGAUGCAAUGUAAUUUAGGGCGGUUUUCUUCCACUUAAUUUAAAUUAAGUUUAAUUUCUAAUUUCCUUUUCUCAUAAACUAUUCAGUUCAAUUCAAUAAAUCAGAACAUACCCUUAAUUGUGAGGAAUAGACCAAGGUCUUGUUCACAUUUACUGAACUAAACUAAUUAUUGGAGCUGAACUGAACUG